AUGAGAAUCAAAUGUGGAGAUGAAAAAUUAAUCAGGCAUGUUGAGAAUGUUGCUCUGAAUGCUUCAUAUAUUAGUCCAAAUAUACAAAACCAAUUGAUCAUUAUAUGCGGACAAAUAGUUCAAGAACAAAUCGUGGAGAAUAUCAAUGAUGCCCAUGUUUUCUCGAUAUUAGCUGAUGAAACAUCAGACAUAUCCAGACAAGAACAAAUGUCCCUCUGCGUACGAUAUACUAAAAAUAUGGGCAACGUUUACGUAGUCAAAGAAGAUUUUUUAUGUUUUGUACACGUAGAAACCACAACUGGCGAGUAUCUGGCCAACACGAUUGUUGCGACCCUUCAGAAUCUUGGCAUUGACUGCAAUAACAUGAUUGGACAAGGCUAUGACGGUGCCGCUGCGAUGAAAGGAUCAUUCAAAGGAGUUCAAUCAGUUAUCAGAAAAACAUACCCAGAAGCUUUCUAUGUUCAUUGUUGUUCGUAUUCUUUGAACUUAGCUUUAUUCCAUUCAUGUAAUCUCCCAGCAGUCCGAAACUGCAUAAGAACUGAAAAUUCUAUUGCAACAUUUUUGAAAGCAUCACCCAGAAGAACGACGAAAUUACAAGAAUACAUAAAAACGCGUUUUCCUGAAACAAGGUGGAAAACAUUGACAGCUAUGUGUGAAACAAGAUGGGUGGAGAAUCAUGAUGGCCUUUUUCGAUUCAAAGAAAUAUUUUCGGCUAUUGUGGGGACUUUAGAAAAUCUAAUUAUUGAUGGAGAUAUGGACACUUCUUCCAAAACUUCAUCAUUUUUAAAAUCUAUGAUUGCAAGUGAAUUUGUUAUAAGUCUCU